UUAUAUAUAUCAGACAUACAUCGAUGUGACCAUCGUGACUAGAAGCCUUUCAAAUCGGUGUCUCUCCACCAUCAUACGCCAUCCGCCAGCUGUACGAUGUACGUGAACACACAGCAUUCGCAUGCAUGCAGCAGCUAACGACCGACAUAACAUUACUUUUCUUGGACGCCGAAUUGCGAACGGCGGACGAGUUUUGCAUAACGGAAAUACACGAGCAGAGCUAUCGCGGAUCCAUAUACAUGCGAUUGAGCACCAUCAAGUGUACAACGGCGGAGGGAGGAUAGGAUAGCGAGAGAGAGAGAGAGAAAGAAGGAAAAAAAAGCUCGAACUCUGAAUCGAGAUUAUGCGUCAUCAGUGCUAUGUCUAACAUUCUCAACGCUUUGUGAUUCAACCUUCCUUCAGGUGCUCGUGUAAAAACGGAGAGACUCAAAAAAGGAUAAAGCUCUUCUCCUUGUGUAGAUCAUUAUUUUCUGCGAUCACCGUCAGAGCCGAGUAAUCUAAAGGGAUAUGUAGAUAGUGGUGGUGACUACAACGUUCACCAUUUCGAGCGAGGAUUCUACCGUCAUUAAUGUGGAUUAAGUCUUGUCAUAUCGGAAUUAUGCGUUGUGUUUAUUUCAUGAGUUAAGGAUUCAUGUUUACUUCGUUUUGACAUGUGAUCGCUGCCAUCAACAACUGCAAUGGAUUACGCACGUCAGGCGACAGUGGUGUUGCUUUUCUUGAUUUCGCGCGCUUUUGUGUCGUGCUUGGAUCAGGAAUCGGACGCGAAUCGGUGGUCGAAUGGCACGUCCUCCGCCAAGGAUGACGAAAGCGACGUUGACCUCGAGACGGACCAUGGUGAUGAUGAGCUACCAAACGAACCAGACCUCGUGGAGAGAGGAAUCAAAGAUUUAUGGAUAGCUUCAAUGGUUCUGAUUAUUAUCUUCAGUGUGUCUGGUAAUGGUUUGAUAACAUACGCGGUGUUCAGGUAUAAGACGUUACGGAGACCUUGCUUCUUCUUCCUCUUCAACAUCGCCCUCGCCGACCUCGUCCGAUCACUCGUUUGCUUCCCAUUCGUCAUCACCUCCGUAGUCGCAUCCGACUGGGUCUAUGGCAAGUUUUUAUGCGAGAUUCUCGCGUUUUUUAAUGUUUAUCUUCCCUAUGGGUCAUUAUACACACUGUGUUUGAUCAGUAUCGAGCGUUACGUGGUACUGAGAUGGCACCGGUUCCACCGACAAAAGCUCAAAGGACUUGGAAGCCUUUUAUGCGUGUUAUCAGCAUGGGCUCUAGCAGUAUCCACCGCAUUCCCACCAGUAUUCAACUUUGAAGCCUAUGGUUACAUACCCACGGAGCACCAGUGUACAUUUCGGCAUCGCUCUAUAAACAGAGCCAACGACACUCUGCUUUUCCUUCUCUUUUUUGUACUAGUGACGGCUCUCAUUCACGUCUUCUAUCUCCGUGUAUUCUUCUUCAUGCGCGCGCAUCGCCGAAUGCGCCCGCUGGAAUUCAUCCCAGCUGUAUCCAGUACUUGGACCUUCUACGGGCCUGGUUCGACGGGCCAAGCCGCUGCGAACUGGUUCCAAGGGUUCCGCCAGGGCCCCACCCCUCCUCCGUUGGUGGGCCUGGCCCCGCCCUCGGUCCGCGGUGAGCCAACAGUACCUAGCGCAGACUUUCACCAAGAGGAAAAAGUAACGAGACUAACCUUUUCCAUCUCGGUAGCUCAUGGGGUGAUGUGGUCACCCUACAUCAUCUAUUCAUUCCUGAAAGUGUUUCGUGCCAAUCUCCAGUUACCUAUCGCUUUCGUCUCCAUAGCAACGUGGCUGACUUUUCUCCAGGUGUGUGUCAAUCCUAUCUUAUGUAUGGUGCAUGUCCCUGAGGUACGUCGCUGCGUGCUCGCAGCUUCCUCUUCAGAGGACGUGGAAAGGAGAAACAGAGACCAGAGAAACGGUGUGAUUUGACGUCAUCUUAUGACGUAGGCACCUUCCUUUUGUAGAUGGACAUAGUUGUUUCAUAAUUAACUUAUGUAAGUUUUCAAUCAGAUCAGAGAGAUAUAGAGAUAAGUGAAUUACGCUGGACGCUGUUCAAAAUGACUCGUUUUGCAAUAUAAAGUUAUGUGCUUUGUGCAGCUUUUGAUAGAGGAAGAUGUAUCAUUAUUAUUAUUACGAGCUAAUGCUCUUGUAUGCGAAUUAAAACGAGUAAGGUGGUAAACACUACGUGACUUUUUAGCACAAAUCAUGGUGAGACUGGAGCGCGAAAAUAUAUCGAUCAUUAUGUACUAACGGUCUUGUCAUGACGAAACAAAUCUAUCAUUCUAUCACAGUUAUUUAUAUCGAAUCGCACACAAUAUCUGCAGGGUAUAUUGCUGUUUUAUCAUCAGGAAACGUUGUAAAUAAAAUAAAAACAUAAGAGGAAUUAAGAAAAAGAAAUCAAGGAAUUUACAAUUAAAAUUAGUGAAAAGAGUUUGAAAGAUUAAAGAUAAACAACAUCAUUGAACAAAUUAAGAUGUUUAAUCUAUGUGGGUGUUAGGGUAUAGCAUAUAGAGAGUGAUUCCGUGACUUCUCAUAGUUGUUGAAACUUGGAAGUGGUAUUGCAAAAGGCUGACUUAGUUUUAAUAAUUGAAUUCAUAUUUCAUCAUGUAUUGUUCUAUUUUGUUUAAAUGUGUCGUCUUGAUCCCAGCACAUAAUUUCAUUUAUUGUCACUCAAGAAUUCAUUGAUAUUUAUACCGAGUAAUCUCCGGAUGACGUAUAUAUGUAAGGAGAUUAAAGUAACGAAAGUACAAAACCAUACUGGUACUAAUGUAUAUCUUCUCACCCCUCAAAAGUAAAGUAUUUUUUGUCCUUCCCUAUAAUAGAUAUAAUUACAUGUCAUCAGAUGGAUUUCUGCUUAUAAGUUAUGCGAUAUACUUUUGAAUACGAUUAUAAACAACAAAAUUAAAAAGGUAUUUCAUCUGCCAAAUUUAAAGACCACAUGUGCUUAUUUAACAGUUCUGUUUUAUAGUUUAAUUUUUUUUAAACAAGUCCAGUAAAAACAGUUUUAUCAUAAUUUUUAAAUCGGGAAAUUUUGAACGAUGUAUAUCUCUUUUUUAAUGAACAUCACGAAUGAUAAUCAUGGCUUCCUUUUUAUCAUUCAAUAUUUAUUAACGUGUUUUUGUAUCAAUUUGUUAUUCACCUGUUCCCUCAUAAGACGCCACUCUACUGUGUGAUGUAUUCUAAAAUCAUUCUAUUGCUAUUUUACACUACAAUUUUAAGAUAUAUAGGUUUAAAGAAGCGUGAAUACGUAUGCUCCACAGAGAGCCAACAUUCUGUCGAAAAAAAGUAGACAGUUUGUGGAGUGUCCACGAAUACAACUCGAGCCCGAUAUUAAUUUAUGGAUUGUAAAGCGACUUAUGUUAGAAACGGUGUGCAUUGUUUUAAGGGUACAUGUAUGACGUCAUACCCGUCUGUGUAAGCGAAUUGCGUCUUUCCUUGUUCUUUUCAUACAUGUACACUAUACGACCACACUUGGUUGGUGAUAAGAUAGUAUAUGGACAUAAUAUUGCACUACUGUGGGUAUUGUGUUCUCGAUGAACAGAGCUCUAUGUUAUUUUAUGUACCCUGCACCAUGUUUUGCAUUAUGUUUUGGUAAUGAUGGACAAUUAAUUUUCAAAUUAAUAAUCAAACGAAUCUUACACUGAACCUUCAAGAAUAUAAAAGGAAAUUAUAUGAUUGGAAACGGAUUAAGAGUUAACAAAUCAUUGGAUAAAAUAAUAUAUGUCACUAUACCUGAUUUGAAGUUAUCAUUUUUUUUCUUUAUCUACGAAUCAACUAUUUCACUUGUCGUACCAUGCAUGUACGGAUUGAAGUUUUCUUACGCGUGGUCUAGGACAAAAUUGUUUCCUACUUUUUUUUAAACAACAUUUUAUUACAAAAUGGUUAGCGUAAUUCGUGAUUUUCAAAAUUUAACGUUACAUUAUACCUCAAUAGCACUCAAACCUGCAUGGGCCCUGUCUUACAGAGAGUUGAUAUCAAUCGCAACUUAUUUGUGAUUGACAUCAAUCGCAACUAUGUACAUAAGAGAUAGGAGACUACAAACUUGCGAUUGAUUGGAGAACUUGCGAUUGAUUUGGAUCAAUCGCAACUCUUUGUAAGACGGGUCCCUGAUGAGAUAGUGAUAAGAAGGUAGAUUUUAGUCAAUUUAGUGCAUGCAUGGAACAAUAUUUCAAAGCAAUGUUGGUUUUACUUUUUUAAAUCUCCUGUGUUGCUCAUCGCUGUACAUGUAGAAUGAAACCAAAUAUUGUGGAAUUGGAGUGAGAUACGGAGUAAAUGGAAUGUUGAUUAUUGCCAUGUUUUUUAAAUUUUUAUUUUCUCUUUUUACAUUGUAGAAUGGUGUAAUUCUGAUAUUCACGUAUGUAAGCCAAUCAUGUCUGUUGCAAUAUUACGAAAUGUCAAGCGGUGUGCUAUAAAAUGUGAAUAUACAAAGAAACAAAUGAA